AAUUAAAUUAAAAUUUACUCACACACAUACAUUCGCGUCGGCGGCAGAGCCAACUAAUCACAUUACCAGCCAUCAGGCAUUGACAUCGGCGGCGGCAGUUGGCCAACAGCGCAACCAGAAGACAUUCACAGUUUGUGUUGCAUAGUUUUUGGCGCGCGGCAUACAAACACAACCUCUUAACGCAAAUUGAGAAAGCAAAAAAAAAAAAAAUAAAAGGAAAAUAAAGAAAAAGAAAGUAGUUCUACGYCCUUGUGUUCCACUUGAGGUCUACUUCACGGGCAAAGCGAGCAACUCUUCAACUCUUUUGUCUGGGGUGGUAUGUGGAUAAAUUUUAGCCGCCAUGGAUCCCAGUGCUCUACAAAACAUGGAUCGGGACGCAUUAAAGAAGCAAAUCGAGAAUAUGAAAUAUCAGGCCUCCAUGGAGCGCUGGCCGUUAUCUAAAAGCAUUGCUGAAAUGCGCUCCUUUAUUGAGGAGAAUGAAAAGAAUGAUCCAUUGAUUAAUGCGCCCGAUAAGAAGAACAAUCCGUGGGCUGAAAAGGGCAAGUGUAUCAUCAUGUAA